AUGACGUGCGAGGGUGGUCCACAAGUCAUUGUAACUGAUAGGGAUCUUGCUCUAAUGAAUGCUGUUGGCAUUGUGUUCCCUGAGUGUUAUCAUCUUCUAUGCCGUUUCCACAUUCAAAAAAAUGUGCAGGCAAAGUGCAAAAUGUUAGUAAAUUCUGUUGACGCAUGGGAUGUUGUACUUCAAGCCUGGGAGAAUGUCAUGGACUGUGAAGAUGAAUUAAAGUUUAAGGAGUGUGUUCAUCGUCUUGAGCUUGUUUGCCAGCCGUGGCCUGUAUUCUUUGAAUAUGUUAACGACUCGUGGAUCAUUCCUUACAAGAAAUUCUUUGUGAAGGCAUGGACGAACAAAGUUAUGCAUUUGGGGAAUACAACAUCAAACAGAAGAUUAGUGGGAAAUAUUUCUAGAUGUGCCUUAGAACUCCUUGCUCCAGAGUUGGAAAGAGUAAAGAAGAUUGGAUUCGAUAGUAGUCGUUGUGGCUGCAUUCUCAGACAAACUUAUGGUCUACCAUGUGCGUGUGAAUUAGCACGAUAUGAUCCUGGGAUUAUUCCUCUCCAAGAAAUUCAUGUCAUGUGGACUAGGUUGAGCUUCUCCAAUGUCUCGUCUUCACAAUCUGAAGGGCAAUUAUCUAUUCAGAGGGAGGUUGAUCUACUGCUUAAUCUUUUCAAAGAAGUUGAUAUUGCAGGAAAAGUGAUCAUAAAACAUAAAUUACUUGACAUAGUUAGCCUUUCCAUGACAUCGAUGUUACCACCACCGAGUAAAGUUAAGACGAAAGGUGCAGCUAAGAGUCAUAGAUCAAAGAAGUCAACCAAACGUGAUCCCUCCUAUUUUGAGCAUGUGGACGCCUUCAUUGAGUCCUCAAGACAAGACACAUGUGUUGCAAAAACAGAAAACAAGGUGAAGAGCAAACGUGUAAUUGAAGAGAAAGUAAUACCCAUGCUAGAACAGUUCAAUCCUGUUUUUCAUCCUUAUAUACUCGAUGUUGUCGAUGUUGUGGCGGACGGUCAUUGUGGAUAUAGAUGCAUUGCUGCAUUGUUGGGUAUGGGUGAGGAGUCGUGGCCUCUAAUCAGACAUGAUCUAUACAAAGAACUUAGCCAAUGGCGAGAUGAAUAUGCAACGUUAGUUGGAGGCUAUGAUCGUCUGGAAGAACUGAGAAAGUCUUUGCUAGUUCAAUCACCAUCAGGGGCUAAUCGAGACAAGUGGAUGACUAUACCAGACAUGGGGUAUGCGAUUGCUAAUCGGUAUAAUGUAAUCCUCGUGUGCUUGUCAUCAGUUCAGAAUUUGACUAUAUUCCCACUUCGUACAUCCCCACCUAUUUCGCAAAGUCAACAUUGA